AUGACAGAAUACACAACCUCUUCGCAGGCGUACCGGGAGUAUAUGAGUUCUCGUGAGCGCACCGCGAGAUGGGUCAACGCCCAUUCCCCGACGAAAACUCGAUUCAAUUCACCGUCGGUCGCGCCUUCGGUCAUAGACGGCCUAGUGCCCUCGUCGCCGCCGUCAGAGGCAGACAGCUCACAUUCUUUGCCACCGCAGAUGGUCUUACGUUUUCCUGAUGGGAGGCCCGAUGUUCCGAUCCCCCAAAAUCCUGACGCCAGCGCGAGCGGACAAGUUUCGAGGGCACACACUCUGCCCCAGGCUGCUGGCGCACGUCGGCCGCACCCCGACUACAGUCCGCCAAGUGGACCGGAGGAGAUACGCAUCUUGCCCUCUCGCACAGGCCAAGCGCCACCUCCGACGUCGCAGACCAGAUCUCAGUCACUUCCCAGGAAUGCAUAUUCUCCUUCAUCGCGUCCGUCAAUACAAGCGCCGCCGCCUCCCCCUCCAGGUGCCAUGCAUCGCAGCAAGCCACGUCUUCCAUUAGCUCUACCUCCGCCAGUUCAUACUCCCCCAGAAUCCGCUCCACUUCCACUCCCCGCGCCUCAGCCCCAAGUAAUAUUUGAUCCACAGCAUAUGCCUAACUCGUCUGCUUGGCACCCGUACACGGACAAGGUACCCAACAGGCGGCAGCCAAUUAAACAGCACGGUCAUCCGCCGGCAAUAAUCUACGCACCUUCGCAUCAUUCAAAGUCCCGCUACGCACCUCCCGCCAUCCUUUCGCAUCCUCCUCCGCGAGGGCCGGGCGGCGUUGUCUACAGCCACUCCAUUCCCCAGUACCCAACCCCGUAUCCAUCCGCCAUGUCUUCAUCACAUCUAACUUCCGUUCAUGAAGAAGACGCCCGUCGCGGUAUGAGUCGCCCAAGACACGAUCGAUCACGAUCGGCAACACUCGCUGAUGAUCCACACCAUGGGCAUCAUAGUCGUAGAUCAUCUGUCUCUUCCUUUGUGUCCAAUGGCUCCGGAAGUACCUACUACGUGUUGCCGAGCGCCAGGCAAAAGGUUCAUAUUAUAGCCCCUGAACCCUCCAUAUACACCGCGACGUCGACAACCAAGUCUCCGUCGUCACCAAAAAGACCUUUCUUCAAGCGAUUAUUUGGUUUUAACAAAGAGAAAUUGACUUCCGACUCGUCAAAAACAUCGACCCGGGGUGGGGGAGGAAAGCGCCUUGUCCGCAGACACUCUACCGGUGGAUCCGGACGAGGCAGACCAGCUACUCCCAGGGAACCACAACCAUAA